AUGGAUCAUUCAAAUGUUCGAACAUUCAAAAGACCGCUUGACAUUCCAACAAGAGAGCAACUAGCGGCCAUUUUCAGUCCGCAUAAGAGGCUAAAAUGCUCUCAGCCAUUGGAUAAUCUGUCAGUGCCUAGAGUAACCCACUACACAAACGAUGAAAACAUAUCAACCAAUUCCAAUUUGUCAACCACUAAACAAAAUAAUCUUGAUGCAAACCACAACCACAACCAAUUCAAUCCAAUCCAACCGGAAAACAAAAAUGAUGCACCUUUAUUAAACUCGGUGCCACCAAACAUUGUACCUAUCGUUCAUCCACCAGCAAUCACUUCCGAUUUCUUCACAGAUGUCACUACUGAUUUAAGUAAUGAAAAAACAGCUCAACAAAUUUACAGCAUCAUUAAGAAGUUCCCACCACCAAUUCCACCCCCACCGCCACUGUUUUCAGAACUUGAUGGUGAAGUGAGUGAUGAUGAGGGAGGUGGAAUAAUGGUACCAUUCAUUUAUCCACCUCCACCCGUUGUCAAUAUUGAUAAAUUGCCGUUUUCAUUGACUGAGUUUAAACGAAAAUUUCAAAACUCAUUGAAGGAGUUGGAAGAGCGUGAUAAUAAUGCAAAUGCUAGAAAAUCUGCGGAGGAAAGUUUAUUGAGGGGGGAAAACUCGCUUGACGCAAAUGAUGCUGGGGGAUUGCGGACAAGUCAUCCUGAACCAAAAACCGCUAGUGUUGCGCCUACACCUCAAACUCCUCCAGCACUAGGUCCGGCAAAAAGAGGAAGAAAACCAAAGAUAAGACCUGAGCUAAUGCAAGCGAAAAUGAAGGAGGAAGCAAAAGGAAGAGCGCAGGAAAAAGCUGAAGCCGAAGCAAGGGAAAGAAAAGAGAGUUUAGAAGCAGUAGCUUCUGAAAAUGAAAUACGGGAAGGCAGUGCAAAGCGUGAUUGGCAAUCUGGCAACGCUGAUUCUGCUGUUGAAAAUGAUCAUUACGUGUAUGUACAAGCGCCUCCUUUACCAUUUCCACCUCCAAAUUAUAUGACAUAUCCGCUAUCAGCUCAAAAGUCUUCCCUAGUACCGGACGAUGUGUUCACUUCUCUACUAGAAGCUAAUGAACAGUUACCGCGAGUUGACAUGGUGUUGGCUAGUGCUGCUGGAACCCUUUUCGAUUUACGACAAGAAGCUUCGGAAAAGGGGUUAACCAAAGAUGGUCUUGAAGUGCAAAAAUUGAGAAAAGGAGCUGUUGAAAUAUCACUGGAUGAGUCAAGUGAUGGUGAGGUUCCAAGCACAAGAGUACUAUACAAUGAUGAAAACUAUUACUCCAAAAUUGACGAUGAGAAUUAUCAAGAUGUAUAUCAAGCUCAAUGGCCCAAAGUUAAUAUCUUCAACAAGAGUUAUGCCGAUCCAAUGUUUGCCAUAGUGAAUUCACAAUUGAGUAAUGUUAAAGAGAAGUCAUCUGUUGACAAUGAAAAGGAAUUGGAGAAUGUUCAUGCGUACCCUCAUGAAGCAAUGACAGGAUUAGAGAGAAUUGAUAGACUUAGCUUAUUUCCUUCAUCUUCACGAGAAUUUACAAUGAGUAACGGAGCAAUGAAAGAAAGGAGAAGGAAAACCUUGCGUACACAUUUGGAAAAUAUGGAAGAAUUUGAACAGAGGAAUAGAGAUGAUAUUUAUCGAGCUAAGAAAUACAAACUCCUUCAACGAAUUGAUAAUUUAAGAACUAGCAAAGUUCGUUUCCGAAAAUCGGUAAUUCGUGAUGAUGAGCUACAACAAAUUCAACGUCAAUUGGAAAUUGAGCGUGAUUAUGAAUUGGUUAAGUUGAAAUUAUUUGAACAAUACGAAUUAUUGAAAAACUCAUUGAUCUUUUAUGAAGAGUCUAACAAGGUUUAUAAGCAUUUGAAUAUGAUUUUGAUCAACAAGUUGGAGAAAUUAAAAAAUUUUUUUGGAUAUCAACAAGAGUUAUUUACUCAUUUGUUGGAACAACAAAACAAAAGUGGUGGAGGUGAUGUAUUAGAUAUAUCGAAUAAGAAUUCGUCAAAGUUGUUCCAAGGAAUAUCGUUGAAAAAUGCCGAUAAACCUGCAUCGUUAUCAUCUUCGGAUGAGGCUAAUGAUGAAACCAAUGGUCAGGUAGACCACGCUAGUGAAUCAGAUAAAUUACUAAAUGAAAUGUUGAACUCGUCAUCCAAAUUUGCCUUAGUUCAUGAUUUUAUGCCAUUAAUCACUCAAGAAGAGUUCAACAUAAUCACUAGUGAUGUACCCAAAAAGCUUAAACCAACAACCUCAACAAAGACAUCAAUGAAGCAUCAAAUUUUUGCUAAUCCAAUUUAUGAUCGACUAAUGACAUCUGGAUCAGAUACCAAUGCCAGUGACUCAAAUACUAGUGGAUUCAAAAGUGGCUCACCACAACCACAACUGGUGCAGCCAGGUCCAAAGAGAAGAGGCAGACGAGCAGCUACAAACACAGCACAAACUAAUGUACCGUCUGUUUCUUCAUUGAAUGGUAAUGCUAGUGCUUCGGAAAGGAACGGCGGUGGUGGUUCAUUAAACACAAUGUCUGCUGCUACUGCAACAACUGCAACAAUGCAAAACACCUAUAUGAGGGAUUCAGUUGCUUUUAACCAUCAAUACACUGAAGCCGGAUUAUUAGCCAAGAUUACUAAACAAUUUUAUGGUCCACAAAUGGCUAAUCCUUAUGAAUUAAAUCAUGAUUUGCUGAUGAUGGGUAUAGAUACGAGGUGGCCAGUUGGGAAAUAA